AUGCAUUCGUUUCCUUCUAAAAAGACUAGAAAACUAAAUAGUUUUUAUUUAGAUAAUACAAAAAAUAUCAAUUUGGGUACUAACUCAACACAUGUAUUUUCAACAACUACAAAUGUUAAUACUUCGAUUUAUAAAGAUACAUUCUCUAAUUCUUCAGCCGAUGCAAGUCAAUUUUCUUCGAAAUUUGUAACCGAUGCUUACAAAGAUCAAUCAAGCUACAUUGUUGGUCAAACUGAAAAUGUCAGUUCAUUUGCUUCACCUGCAAUCCAAAAUAGAAACGUACAAUACUCUCCUUCCUUUACAGAUGUUAGAACUCCGUUAUCUAACAUUACAAAUGUUAGAACUACAUUAUCUAACACUACAAAUGAUAACAUCAGUUUCGAUAAAUAUUCCACUUCGAAUGUAGCAAACAAAAGACAGUACAAUGUACUUUCAAAUGAUAUGACAUCCAAAAAUGCAUCUACAUUAACUGGUUCUUCAUCAUCAAUCAAGUUAAAUCCAGGAUGUCAUAAAUCAAAAAGGAAGACGACAAAUUUAUCCCCUAUCCCAUUGAUUGAUUUGAGAGACGAUGUAGAAAAUAUACAUCAACUCAUAAAUGAAAACCUUAUGGUUGGUAUCUCAAAUGAAUAUUUGGAUCAUGGUGAUCAAAAUGUUGUAUGUCAAACAUGUCAUGCAAAGUUAUGGAGAAAUGAAUCCAUUAGAGGCAAAGAAAAAGGGAACACGGAUUAUUCAUUAUGUUGUGGUUACGGCAAAGUUCAACUUCCAGAAUUAAAGAGAGCACCCUUGAGUUAUGAAACAAUGUUUCGAAAUAUGGAUUCUAAAAGCAAACACUUUAUGAAAAACAUUCGACGUUACAACUCAAUGUUUUCUUUUACGUCGAUGGGUGGUAAAAUUGAUACUUCAAUCAAUAGAGGAAACGCUCCAUACAUUUUUAGAUUGGGUGGUCAAAAUUAUCAUAGUAUUGGAAGCCUUUUACCAUCCAAAGAGUCUAACCCUAAAUUCUCUCAGUUAUACAUUUAUGAUACUGAGAACGAAAUUUCAAAUAGACAGAAAUGCUUUGGUGGGGAAAAAGAUCAAUCAACAUCAAUUGACACCGAUAUUAUUGAAGAUAUUAAGGUGAUGUUGGAUUCAAAUAAUGUGUUGGUUAAAUCUUAUAGAAUGGUAAGAGAUAAUUUUCAGAAAAAUCCUCAAGUCGAUAUGAAAUUACGACUUAUCGGGAGAAGACAGCGAGAUGGAAGAACAUAUAACAUACCGACUGCUUCUGAGGUUGCCGCCUUAAUUAUCGGUGACAGUUGUGAAUCAAUUGAAAAUAGGGAUAUUGUUGUUCAAACAAAAUCUGGAUUUUUACAGCGUAUCAGUGAAUUGCAUCCUUCAUACCUUCCUCUACAAUAUCCACUGCUAUUUCCAUAUGGGGAUGAUGGUUACAGUGUUGACAUUCUUCAUAGAGGUGUGGCAUUUACAACCAACAGCAAGCGAGCGAAAUGUACAAUGAGAGAAUAUUUUGCUUUUAGAAUUCAAGAUAGAGAUCAUUCGUUCUCGCUCAUUCUUAAUUCAAAAAGGUUGUUUCAACAGUUUCUGGUAGAUGCCUAUACUAUGAUGGAAACAGAGAGAUUGCAUUACAUACGUAAGCAACAACAUGUUCUUAGAUGCGAGUCUUACGAGAAUUUACAUAACCAGAAAGCUAGAGGAACCACUAAUAUCUCCAAUGUCGGUCAGCGUGUGAUUUUACCUUCGUCAUUUACUGGUGGUGCACGAUAUAUGUUGCAAAACUAUUUGGAUGCCAUGUCACUUUGUAAAUGGUUUGGAUAUCCAGAUUUUUUCAUAACCUUCACGUGUAAUCCCAAAUGGCCAGAGAUUAAAAGGUUUCUUAAGGAUACUUCACUUCAACCAGAAGACAGGCCUGAUAUAUUAUGUAGGUUGUUCAAGAUAAAGCUCGAUGCAUUUAUUAAAGAGUUAAGAGAGAAGAGAAUUUUCGGCACAGUUCAAGCAUAUGUUUAUACGAUUGAAUUUCAAAAGAGAGGUUUGCCGCAUAGUCAUAUUUGUUUGUUUAUGCAUUCUGACAACAAGUUACCCACUGUUGAAUUUAUCGAUCCGAUAAUUUCCGCCGAGAUACCAGACAAAGUUCAAGAGCCUGAAUUAUAUUCACUUGUCAAUGAGUUCAUGAUUCAUGGUCCAUGUGGAGCUCAAAAUAUGAAUUGUCCAUGCAUGGUGGAUAAUAAGUGCUCUAAAAACUUUCCAAAACAAUUCUGUAAUCAUUCGUCUGUUGAUCAGAAUGGUUUUCCUUUAUAUAGGAGAAGAGACGAUGGUCAUUUUGUAGAAAAGUCGGGUGUCAAGUUGGAUAAUAGAAAUGUUGUUCCAUACAACAAAUAUCUAUUAAAAAGAUAUCAGACACAUAUUAAUGUUGAAUGGUGCAAUCAGGGAUCUUCUAUAAAGUAUCUGUUUAAAUACAUAAACAAGGGUCCAGAUAGAGCUACAGUUGCUGUUCUACCAACAAGCAAUGAAUGUGAAAAUAAUGAUGCGGUCGAUGAAAUAACGGAAUAUUACGAUUGUAGAUAUUUAUCUGCAUGUGAAGCAUCAUGGAGAAUAUUUACAUAUGAUGUUCAUUGCAGGUAUCCUUCUGUGGUUAGACUACCUUUUCAUCUUCCAAAUCAACAACAGAUCGUGUAUGGCGAAGACGAUGAUAUCGACGAUGUUCUGGACAAAGCUUCUGUUGCUGCUUCAAAGUUCACAUCAUGGAUGGAGUGUAAUGCAAUUAAUAGUGAAGCACGAGAUCUUACAUAUGUUGAAUUUCCUACAAAGUUUGUUUGGAAGUUAAAUGGUAGAUUUUGGAGCAGAAGGAAAGUGGGAAAAGCCAUUGGUAGAAUUCAUUCGGUUUCACCUAAACUUGGCGAAGCUUAUUUUUUAAGGAUUCUUUUAAAUAAAGUUAAAGGACCGACGUCAUUUGAUGAUAUUCGCACAGUAAACGGUCAAACAUAUGCUUCUUUUAGAGAUGCUUGUUUUGCACUUGGUCUAUUAGAUGAUGACAAGGAAUACAUCGAUGCAAUUAAAGAAGCAAGUCAUUCUGGAUCUGGUUUUUAUCUACGCUUCUUAUUUGCAACUUUGUUCAUGUGUAAUAGUAUGUCUAAACCAGAGGCCGUUUGGGAAAAUACAUGGGAAUAUUUGGCAGAUGGAAUUCUAUAUAACCAACGACAAAGGUUAAAGUCUCCAGACUUAUCACUCAGUGAAGAUGAAGUUAAGAAUUUAACUUUGUUCGAAAUAGAACAAAUCUUACUUCGAAAUAACUCCACUCUCAAAAAUUUCACAAACAUGCCUUACCCAAAUGUUGAAUCAGUUUCUUCUUCGAAUAAUCGACUUAUCAUUGAGGAACUAGAUUUCGACAUUCUCGUUAUAAAGAAUGACUUUGAUCGUAUGUUUCUUGCAUUAACAAAUGAGCAAUGUAACAUUUUCGUUGACAUCAUGAGUGCUGUUAAAGAAAAUAAAGGAGGUGUUUUCUUCGUUUAUGGUUAUGGUGGAACGGGUAAAACUUUUUUGUGGAAGACAAUAUCUGCAGCCAUUAGAUCUGACGGUAACAUUGUUUUAAAUGUUGCUUCAAGCGGUAUUGCAUCAUUAUUAUUGCCCGGUGGUAGAACAGCACACUCUCGAUUUAUACUUCCAUUUGAACUUACAGAAGAUUCUUUUUGUAAAAUAAAUCCAGAUGGUGACUUGGCUAGCUUAAUAAGAAAAACCUCUUUGAUAAUUUGGGAUGAAGCACCUAUGAUCCAUAAGCAUGCAUUUGAAGCUUUAGAUCGAACAUUGAAAGAUGUGUUAAGGUGUGAAAAUUCUAGCAUCUCAGAUAUUCCUUUUAGAGGGAAAGUUAUUGUCUUUGGAGGAGAUUUCAGACAGAUUCUACCUGUAGUUCCGGGUGGCAGCAGACAAAACAUUGUUAACGCUUCUUUGAGUUCCUCAUAUUUAUGGCAACAUUGCAAAGUGUAUAGAUUAACAAAAAAUAUGAGACUCAGUGUCGGAAAGGAUCAAGCUAAUAUAGAAAAAAUAAAAGAUUUUGCAAGUUGGUUAUUGGAUAUAGGAGAAGGCAAACUCGGUGGUCCGAACGACGGCGAAACAAUUAUUGAUGUUCCGGAUGAUAUUCUCAUUAAGGAUGCAGAUGAUCCUAUAGGUUCAUUAAUUGAGUUUGUAUAUCCUUCAAUUUUGGAGAAGUAUAGCACUACAAAUUAUUUCCAAGAAAGAGCGAUACUUGCUCCAAAGAAUGAAGUUGUUCAAGAAAUAAACGACCGUUUGCUUAAUAAGUUUCCAGGAGAUGAGGUUGAAUAUUUAAGUUCAGAUAGCAUAUGUGAGUCCGAAUUUGUCCAUAAUCAGUUUGAUGCAAAUUUAUACUCUCCUGAUGUAUUAAAUGGUCUGAAAGUAUCCGGUCUACCAAAUCAUAAGUUAGUUUUAAAAAUUGGUGUUCCAGUAAUGUUACUGAGAAAUAUUGAUCAGAAAAACGGCUUAUGUAAUGGCACAAGACUACAGGUGAUAUCAUUGGGCAAACGUGUUAUCGAGGCGCGUAUAAUAACUGGAACUAAUAUUGGAAACCGAACUUUUAUUCCAAGAAUGUCUUUAACUCCAUCAGAAAAAAAAAUUCCAUUCAAAUUCACAAGAAGACAGUUUCCUUUGGCGGUAUGUUUUGCAAUGACUAUUAAUAAGAGUCAAGGACAAUCAUUAUCGAAGGUUGGUUUGUUUCUCAAAGAUCCGGUUUUUUCACAUGGACAAUUGUAUGUUGCGUUAUCUAGAGUUCAAAGCCGAGAGGGAUUGAAAUUAUUAAUUUUAGAUAAAGAUGGUAGAGUAACAAACAAAACUUCCAAUGUUGUUUAUAAGGAAGUUUUUCGCAAUCUAUAA